AUGUCCUCCUCGUCCUCCUCGACUGUAACUGCGCAGGGUCUCCCCACCGUCCUCUCGGACCUGCCCCCGAUCUUUACGGCGCUGUACCAGUCCAAGGUCACGAAGAAGCUCUCGUUUGAGCAGAUUGCCAGCGCCAUUGGCCGAAACGAGUGGUACACGGCCGCCAUCUUCUACGGCCAGGCCAAGCCGGACAAGGACGACCUCGACAAGCUCAGCAAGGCCCUCGAUGUGCCCAGGGAAGAGCUCGAGACGAACCUCGGCGAGCACUUUUACCCCAACCGCGGCGUCGGAGAGUGGCCCCCCAAGGACCCCGUCGUGUACAGGCUCUACGAGGCGCUCCUCGUCUACGCCCACCCGCUCAAGGCCAUCAUCCACGAAAAGUUUGGCGAUGGCAUCAUGAGCGCCAUUGACUUCUACGGCGACGUGGAAAAGGUGCCCGACCCCAAGGGAGACCGCGUCAAGAUCACCUUCAACGGAAAGUUCCUGCCCUACAAGCGCUGGUAA